AUGCUUCGACUCGAGAGGCUGGUCGUAUGGCUGCUAGCCACUUGCUUGGCGGUCUCGGCCUUGCCAAAGGCGUUGCAUUCCCAGCGUCCGUCGGCCGCCAGUUCGUUACAGCGUCUAGGAAGGUUUUUGCAGUCAAAGGCGCAUAGCCACGAGCCAACGGACGGUCACGACGGAGAGGGGGAUGAAAUCGCGGAGAUGCGAAAGUUGGGCGCCGACGCUGCGGCAGAAGGCCACAAACAGAAGGGCGAGAUGGAGGUCGUGGACUCCCAACGUAAGCAAGAGAUCGCAGACGACAUGACCCGCCAACUCGAGAAGAUGCGCGAGGGAGCCAAGCGCAUGCAAGAGGACGCCAAACAGCACGCUGGCGAGGUCAAGAGCGCCGCUGUUGACACAUCUGUGGCCACAGCUUCCAUCCCGAAAGACAGUGCGGGCAACAUAAUUAUUACCAACCAGACGCAUGACUACCCGCGCAAACCGCAGGAUCAGGCCGACCCCAUGAAGGCGCUGAAAACAGCGACGGAGAACCUGUACCAGCGGGCCCGGCACAAGAACCUGCCAGUCCCCGAACCGGGUGAACUAAACACACCGGAACAGAUAUACCAGGCUCUCAACCGUCUCGAGUACAUAGUGGACGGCUACAGGCAUGCCCAGCUCGAGUCGCCUAAUCCCGACCUCAACAUCACCGAUGAGCCCGAGAAGUCUCAACACGCUGAAGAGGACGAGCUUGAAAACACAGAGGACGACGCUGCAGCCGACGAGUCCCCCGUCGAUGACGCCAGGUUCAUGCAGACCACUGGCAAGGCAGCCCGCGCGCCCGACGAUGAUGACGGUGACAACGGAGACGAUGAUGACAAUGACAACGGAGACGAUGAUGACAAUGACAACGGAGACGAUGAAGAGGGGGGGGAUGACGACGGCGAACAGCAUGGUGAGGAAUGGCAGGAGAACGAAGACGAAGAGGGGGCGGGUAACCACAAGAAACCCGCUGAUUCCAAAGAUGCCAAGAUGUCCCCUCAGGAGGCCAUGGACGCCCUCGGCAAAACCAUAGCGCAUCUGGUGGAGACGUUGAACGCCGUUGUGGCAUCGCACACUGGCGUGAGCAAUGUCCUAAUCCAACACGGCCCCACCAAGCCCCUGGCGAGCUAG